AUGACGUCUCUCCAAUUCUGGAAGCCUGGCACAACCGGGCCAGGCAGUACUCUGGACAGGCGACUGAGACUGAGGGAAUGUCAUUCAAAGCGCGCCCUCCGCGUGUAUAUGGGCGUACAGGGCGCCAGGGAGAGGCUGCCUAUAUUCAAGCACAGUGCGUUCUUCCACGUCUUCGUGUGCUACACUCAGUCGGAACUCCCUCAGUACCUACAUGAAGCCGGCUGGUCAGCAGACGGCAACAUCAUAGCAUGCACACAACCCCGCCGUGUCGCCGCUACGUCUGUCGCUGGACGCGUCGCUCAAGAGGUCGGGUCGACGCUCGGAGACGAAGAGCGUACGCGGAUACUGUACAUGACGGACGGUAUGCUCUUCCGAGAAACGUUACUCGACCCGCUGCUCAGCCGCUACAGCGUGAUCAUGAUUGACGAGGCCCAUGAACGAAGCGUGUACACAGAUUUGAUGCUCGGUAUACUCAAAAAGAUCCGCCGGAAACGACCAUCUCUGCGCCUCAUCGUGUCAUCCGCCACGCUCAACGCUACCUCUUUCCUUGACUACUUCACCGCGGGUAACAGCCCCGACGAGGCCAUCAUCGUCAGUCUGGAGGGACGGAUGUACCCUGUGCAGACAGCCUAUUUGGCGGAGCCUGCGCCGGACUACGUGAGGAAAGCAGCGGAAGUCGUCUGGAAUAUACACCUACAGCAAGGAAGUGGAGACAUUUUAGUGUUUUUGACAGGUCGGGAAGAGAUUGAUCGCUGCCUGGAGGAACUUGCUGAGAUGCUGCCGAGUUUACCACGCAAUGCGAUGCGACUUCGGCUGCUGGCACUACACGCCGGUCUCACGACGGAAGAACAACUUGCCGUCUUCGAACCUGCGGAACGGGGUAGCCGAAAAGUCAUUGUCUCGACUAAUAUCGCAGAAGCUAGCGUGACUAUCGACGGGAUUAAGUUCGUCGUUGAUUCCGGCUUUGUCAAGAUUCGCACACACAACCCAACAACUGCCCUUUCCUCCCUCGUCACCGUCCCCGUCUCGCAGGCAUCUGCCACCCAGCGCGCGGGCCGCGCUGGGCGCACCUCCGCGGGGAUCUGCUACCGGUUGUACCCCGAGAUCGCAUACGACAAGCUCCCACUCACGACGCCUGCCGAGAUCACCCGAACCGACCUGACGACGCCCAUACUACAGCUUAAGAGUUUGGGGAUAGAUGAUCUGAUGAAAUUCGAGUGGGUCUCGAGCCCGCCGGCGGAGAGCGUCUUGCGGGCGUUGGAGGGCUUGUACGCGGCUGGGAUGAUUGGGGAGGACGGCCGGCUUACGGUUAUGGGCGAGAAAGUCGCGGAAUGUCCAGUCGAAGUGAAUAUUGCACGGAUGCUCUUCAUGUCGAAGGAACACAAGUGUGGAGAGGAGAUUCUCACUAUUGCCGCCAUGACCGCAGUCCAGGACGUCUUCAUUAUUCCAGAUGGGGCUCAAGGUGCCCUGGCUGAGCUGGAAAGGAGAAAGUUCACGGCUGAAGAGGGGGACCACCUGACACUACUGAAUGCAUACAACGCGUUCACUCGCUAUGGCCGUUCAUCUGCCUGGUGCAAGUCUCACGCACUCUCUUUUCGCGCAAUGUCCCGAGCAGUGUCCAUCCGCUCCCAACUCAAGAAAUACAUGCAACGCUUCAGCCUACCCCUUGAGAGCUGCGAGGGCGAUGCGAAGCGCUUGCGCAAGUGCCUCGUCAGCGGCUACUGGCGAAACGGUGCACGCUGGGUUGCUGACGGGACAUACCGGUCUGUCCGGGGCAACACAACUCUGCAUGUCCACCCGAACUCUGUCCUCUUCACCCGCAAGCCUCGAUCGGGCUGGGUGAUGUUCCACGAGAUGGAGGAGACGAAAAAGACGCAAAUACGCAUUCUGACCGAGAUAGAGCCGGAUUGGCUUCUCGAAUAUGGGCACAAAUAUUACGACAAACGGACCGGUGUGACUAUAUCUUCGCAGCCUGUAAUCACGAGUUAAAGGAUGCUGGCCUUCUCGAAAACAUUGAUAACAAGUGUCUGCCUACCUGCCUCCCUUGACUUGAGUCCCCACCAGAAGGGCCCUAGAUCUUUGCUGCCACAUCUUACUUUCACAUAUACUUUGUUGAUAACUGAGGCAUCCAGUGAUACACAGGUCAUCUUCCAGGCUAUGUACUUCCUACUGCCAAGUGACCCAAGGGCUACUAGCCCUGUGCUAAGCUGGAAAUACUUUGAAGUUUGCUUUUCAAAGAUAUUGGGGUCUGUGAGUCAUGAUUCACAGUGGGACCCUGUAUCAAUUAGGCAAAAUUUGAAUUAUGUAUCCAUG